GAGAUAUUACAAACAUCGCCUUCAUCUGAGCUCUUUGCUUCAGGAUCGUCGGUUGAUGACUCCGAACCUCUACCUACUCCACCCACACCGCGGCCACGGCAGGCGAACUUUUUUGGAUCUCUCUUAGGAGCGCCACCACCACAGGCCCAGCAGCGACAGCCAUCACCCUCGUCAAACCUCGGUCAGAUUGAUCUCUGGGAGCUUUUUGGUGUAACACGUCGCACGACAACAACAACACCAGCGCCACCUCCACUACAGAGUUUGCUCAAUCCACAAAUGGGUGCAAAUGCACAAAAUAUCGAUGCCGUCUUCAAUGCUCUAAUGAGAAGCAAUGCACAACCGGAGCGGCCGCAACCAUCCACGAACCUAUUUUCGCAGUUCUUCGGACGAUGA